UCUGUCACUCGGAAAAGACAACGACAAAGGAGCGCAGACAGAGUCGAAUCUCGAAGGUCGAAGCUGAGGGCCAUGGCUCGUGGGCAGCAGAAGAUUCAGUCCCAGCAAAAGAACGCCAAGAAGGCAGCAGAGAAGAAGAAAUCUCAGGGCGCCGACCAGAAGACUGCGGCUAAAGCAGCGCUGGUCCACACCUGCCCCGUCUGCCGGACCCAGAUGCCCGACCCAAAAACCUUCAAGCAGCACUUUGAGAGCAAACAUCCCAAGUCCCCGAUGCCUCCUGAGCUGGCAGACGUUCAGGCAUAAAGACCUGCUGACUGGACCUGAACCUGGAUACACAGUGACCAUGGACUGAACGGUGAAUCACAGCGCCUGAAGGAUGUCGAGCUCUGGGACCUGUCAGUAUUCACGGACGUCGGGUCGGGUCGGGGUGGAUGUGUGUAUGUGCUGUGUACGUAUGUGUGUGUUCGUGUCAGAGAAAACAGUAAUGAUGGGGCAGACGUACACCAGCAGCCCAUUUUUUAUAUUUAUUGUGUACCUAACUACCUUGGUAUUCCAGAUAAGAGGGGAGGGGAGAUUCCCAGAAGCAGAACCAGUGACUAAUGACUAGAUCUGAAAAAGCUACAAUGGAAACUUAACCAGAUAUUUCUGAGCGUGUGGUUAGCUGACAGCCUGAAACACUGUCGUCCGGAGGAAGAGGCGACACACUUCACUGUAGACUACAUCACUCACACACACACACACACGGACGCGGCACCGCUGUCGGGUUAAAACCAGUCGUUUCAGUUUGCACAACGACGUUUUCAUGACCACUGGCUUCUCAGAAACAAAGCAGUUUAUCAGUUGAUCCGACCCCACAGCUCUGCCUCGUCUGUGCUGCUGCUGCUCCGCACCAGUAACACCUACAACAGUACCUCACGUUACACCACACAACAACAACUCUAUUGUUUUUUUUUUUAAUUUACUCCAAAUUUCUUCCACUUCUACCCGUUUCAGCGUCGUCCCUUCCAGGACAUGUUACCUUGGCAAUAAACCCAUCUUUGUCCCCGCUUCGGUUAAACCAGGACCAGAUUUGUUUUGUAACCCUGAUUUUUCUAACGCACACAGUUCUGUGCUCAUUUUGAUGCUUUCGGCUGUUAGUUUGAAGAAAAUGUAAGUCGCCCCGAUGACUGAGAGUGAAAUUAUUUAGUUGAAGUAACUGCCAACAUGACUGAUUGUUUUGUUUUGUUUUCUUCUUACAUUCACUAGCUGGCAAAAAGAUUCAGCCAAUUUGCUUUCACUGUACCUUUAUUCUUUUUUUUUUUACCCUUUUCAAUAAAUUGAACUAUGUAUUUAAUGUGA